CGUAGCGACGCAGCGCGGCGCCGCGGCGGGGCGGACGGGGUGGCCCCGCAGGCAGCGCUGCGCUGGGCGUUGUGAGCUGUGGCGAUGCCGCCGUAGGCAGCCGUAGGCCCCGCCGCAGUCAUUCCGUACGACACCAGAGGCCCCGACAGCUCCGCCAGUCCCGCUGCUUUAGCUUUACUUGCCGAGUCGCGUCGCCCGUCCCGUCCGUCCGCGGCCGCCGCACGGACAGUCUACCUACCGGCACCCCCCCGUCGUCCAGGGAAGCUCAGCCGUCUGUCCGCCCGCCCUCAGAACAAAGGCUUAUAGCCUUCCUCCAGCCGCACGCCGUCGCCGCCGUCCUCUCACACGAUGCCGGCCGUCGCGCCCCUCAGCUUCGCGGCCGUGGACGGGUCGGACCGCGUGGGCCGCCUCCUGCAGGAGUACUUUGUGAGCGCGUUCCGCAAGGGCUACGUCCAGUGCGGCGACAAGAAGGUGGCCAUGCCCGUCCGCUACGCCGACCUGGCGCAGCCCAUCCUGGACCUGCCCAUCCGGGACGACGACGUCUGGGUCGUGUCCCAUCCCAAGACAGGUGAGUGAGUGCGGGAAUCGCAUGUCGUCCAGUG